AUGCAGAGUAGACUGAUGCACUUAAACGGCGCCGGCGGCCGCGACAGAGGCCAAAGCAGCAGGGCAAGCGGCGGCGGCCGCGAAAGAGGCAGCAGCGAGUUGAGGAAGGGGCGGUGGACAGAGAACGAGGACAAGAUCCUGUUGGAGUACGUGCGAAAGAACGGCGCCCGCAACUGGAGCUCCAUUCAAUGCCAAGGCUUGCUCCUCCGCGACAGCAAGUCCUGCCGCUUCCGCUGGGUCAACCAACUGCGGGACGAUCUCCCGAGGGUUAGGGGCAAGUUAUCGGAGGAGGAAGUGCGGCUGGUGAUGGAACUGCAGGAGCAGUGGGGGAAUAAGUGGGCGAGGAUAGCCACCCAGUUGCCCGGCCGAACAGAGAAUGAUGUCAAGAACUUCUGGGGUAGCACCAGGUGGAAGCAACUCACCGGGAUUGCGAGCGAUCUGAACCAUCGCCAGAAUUCUGCGCACUCCCAACCCCUUCCUCCUCCUCCGCAGGCUCAAAAUGCAUACGCUUCGCACAUUCUAAUCCAGGAUUCUUUUACGGAUGAUCCUCUCCCCCAGUUUGAUGGCGUCGUCGACGAGUAUUUAGGGCCCCGCUUCAUGAACUACAGUCCUCCGAGGCUCAAACUCGACGAGUUGCCAUGGUCACUGGACAACUGCAGUCCUCCGAUGCUCGAACUCGACGAGUUGGCAUGUUUACUGGAUAACUUCGACGAGCCGCCACCACCGCCGACGAAGCAGCUGCAUUGCGGCGGAUCCGAGUCCGACGACUAUCGACUCAUUAAUUGCAAGUGGCUCCGUUUCUGGGACCGCAGGGAUCUGAUCACCUGCGGGGCCGCCUAUCACGCGAGCCAUCGGCUCCUCCCUGAGGAGCCACGCUUCUUCGGCGUGAUGAGGUCGGUGCAGGAGACGGCGUUGCCAUGGCCACUGGACAACUUCGACGAGUUACCGCACGACAUGUUCGAUUUCAUGGAGCAGCCACCGCCGCCACCCACCACCCACUCGUACUAG